AUGUAAACAAACACCCGGCCUAGGACAAUUAUUUACGGAGAUUAUAAAUCAUGUUUUCUGUCAUUCGUUCAAGUUUGAUAGGAGUAGGAAAGCAGCCUACACCUUUAUCAUAUUUAGCUUCUAACAUUCAUACAACUGUCAUCAAGCAGAACCCGCCAUCUAAGGGUAGCAACAAUCCUAAAGUUGCAGUGGUGUUGUCUGGCUGUGGGGUCUAUGAUGGCAGUGAAGUUCAUGAAUCUUCAGCUGUACUGGUCCACUUGAGUCGAGCAGGAGCAGAUAUUUCAAUGUUUGCACCAGAUGUGGAACAAAUGCAUGCUAUUGAUCAUACUAAAGGGGAACCAAUGGAAAACAACAGGAAUGUAUUAGUGGAGUCUGCAAGAAUAGCUAGAGGCAACAUCAGUGCAUUGUCCAACUUGACAUCUAGUAAUUUUGAUGCUGUUGUCUUUCCAGGAGGAUUUGGUGCUGCCAAAAAUCUGUCUACAUUCGCUGUGGAUGGCCCAAAUAUGAAAGUGAACGAUGAUGUUGAAAGGGUUAUCAGAGAUUUUCAUACAAAUAAAAAGCCAAUAGGCCUGUGUUGUAUUGCCCCAGUAUUAGCAGCACAUCUGCUUCCGGGAUGUGAAGUUACUGUUGGAAACAACGAAGAAGAUGGUGGCCGGUGGCCGUAUGCUGGAACUGCUGGUGCCAUACAGACAAUGGGGUCAUUUCAUGUCAUCAAAGAUGUCUCUGAAGCCCACACAGACAAAAAGAAUAAAAUUGUCACCACACCUGCGUUUAUGUGCGAGACGAAGUUUCAUGAAAUAUUUGACGGCAUUGGGAAAAUGAUUGAUGGUGUUAUUAAACUGUUGUAACAAUUAAAUGACAUGGUUGUGAGUGUGCAGUCUUAAUUGACUCUAAUAAUUUACUACAAACCUCAUACACUGGAGGACAUAGUGGAAUUGAUAUUAUGCCAAGAGUUUGAUAUUCCAGUAUUAAGUUUUGAAUCCUGCUUUUGUGUGUUACGACUUCAGUGUAUAUUAUAGAUGGAUAGAAAUUUUAUGUAACCUUUGAAUGUAAGUUCUGUGUAAUACUUUGAAUGCUUUCUGUGAAGGCUGUGAUCUGAAAUAAACAAGAACAUUA